AUGGGUUAUGGCUAUUUCUUGACUAAGGUGUUUCAACAUCUGAACAUUCCAGUAGAAAAGGGUAAAAUUGGAACUGCCAAGCAAUCUUUCUCUCUGACUACUCUGGUGGAAUGUGAGUGCAUUGAAGGAAAGACUGGUCCACUGAGCAAGAUAUCUCAGUUGAUAAUUGAACAAGAUCAGUUGAAGCACGAGCUAGAGGAGAUGAUUGUGCGUUCUGAGGGGCCUAGUACUGCAGAGGUCAACAAGCUGAGAAAGAAGAAUGAUGCGCUCCUGGCUCAAAAUGUUGCCUUACAAGAGAAAUUGAUCAAGGAUAAUGAUGAAGCAAAUGCUAAGCUUACUCUUGGUGCUACUAAGGUGUUGCCCGCGGAUAAGUCAGCGACGAGGCAGGAUGCAGAAGGAGUGGUAGGAGCGGAGCUACGGAACAAACAAGACAUGUCCACCACUCCUGGUGGAGUAGCUGCUUCUGUGACUGUAGCUGCCCGGAUGAAUGAAAGGAGUCAACAACAAUCCUAA